AUGCAGUUCGGGGGUUUGCAUGGCGAUUUUAUUUUAGCGGUUGCCUGGCGCGGCUUUGCACGAGGCUGCGACGUACGGUCUCUACUUCCGCAGGCUUUCUGUUUGAACGUUGCUCGAGUGCGCGGCCUCAGGUCUAACGAGGCUGCGACGUACGUGAGGCGCCUUAGCACGGUAUCGUGCACGGCUUUUUGUUUGAACGUUGCUCGAGUGCGCGGCCUCAGGUCUAACGAGGCUGCGACGUACGUGAGGCGCCUUAGCACGGUAUCGUGCACGGCUUUCUGUUUGAAUGUUGCUCGAGUGCGCGGCCUCAGGUCUAACGAGGCUGCGACGUACGUGAGGCGCCUUAGCACGGUAUCGUGCACGGCUUUCUGUUUGAAAGUUGCUCGAGUGCGCGGCCUCAGGUCUAACGAGGCUGCGACGUACGUGAGGCGCCUUAGCACGGUAUCGUGCACGGCUUUCUGUUUGAAAGUUGCUCGAGUGCGCGGCCUCAGGUCUAACGAGGCUGCGACGUACGUGAGGCGCCUUAGCACGGUAUCGUGCACGGCUUUCUGUUUGAAAGUUGCUCGAGUGCGCGGCCUCAGGUCUAACGAGGCUGCGACGUACGUGAGGCGCCUUAGCACGGUAUCGUGCACGGCUUUCUGUUUGAACGUUGCUCGAGUGCGCGGCCUCAGGUCUAACGAGGCUGCGACGUACGUGAGGCGCCUUAGCACGGUAUCGUGCACGGCUUUCUGUUUGAACGUUGCUCGAGUGCGCGGCCUCAGGUCUAACGAGGCUGCGACGUACGUGAGGCGCCUUAGCACGGUAUCGUGCACGGCUUUCUGUUUGAACGUUGCUCGAGUGCGCGGCCUCAGGUCUAACGAGGCUGCGACGUACGUGAGGCGCCUUAGCACGGUAUCCUGCACGGCUUUCUGUUUGAACGUUGCUCGAGUGCGCGGCCUCAGGUCUAACGAGGCUGCGACGUACGUGAGGCGCCUUAGCACGGUAUCGUGCACGGCAGAAACUGGAAGAUCUGCGUGA